AUGUCGAACAAUAAUUCGAACUCAUUACCGGAAGAAGAAAUUACUCAUGGUGAUAGUUUAUCUUGGUGGUCAAUAUUUCUCGAUCGUUUAUUGUAUUAUUUACCAUAUCCAAAAGAAGAAUGUCUACGAAUACUUACUGAUGUAAUGAUAAACUAUUACAAUGGUAAUCCUAUUGAAAUAGGUAUUCUCGAAGAAUUCCGAGACAAUUAUAUAGCAGAACAUGCAAUUAAGUGGUACACACGUGAAUCAUUUGUAUACCGUGUAUUAAACAAAGCUUUUCGUCAGCGUAAUUUAUCUCUACUCUUUCUCUUUGGAUUUCUCAUAAAAGAUUUAUAUGAACAAUUGAAAGUUGAAUAUGAAAAAUUCAGAUUAAUACACUUAUCAUCUGAUGUGAUAACAGUAUACCGAGCACAGUUAAUGUGGAAUGAAGAAAUUCAAGAUAUUAAAAAUGGUUAUAAUAAAAUUGUUAAUUGGUGUUUGUUUUCAACUACACGUAAUCGUGAUCUUACAGAUAUCUAUUUAAAUCAAUUCGUACAAUUGACAGAUCCAAUUCAAAAUGUUUUAUUUGAAAUAAAAAUCGAUUUUAGAAAGACUUCCUAUCCAUAUGCCGAUAUUUCAAAUUUAAGUUAUUUUCCAAAUGAAUCAGAAGUUUUAUUUAUGAUUGGAACUACAUUUCAUUUGACAGAUGAUAUUGUGUAUAAUGAAGUUGAAAAACGAUGGUUAAUUAAAUUAGAAUUAGAAGAAGAUAGACGAAAAAUAAUAGAGAAUAAUAGUCUUCCAAAUUCGAACAAUAAUGUUAGUAUACGAUCUUGUCUCAAAAGAGUAGUUCGUACUCUUCUUCAACGUAUUGCUGUAAUGUCAACAGAUGAUAUAUACAUCAUAUUUGAGAAAAUAUCUGAAUUAUUUCCUACAGAGACGAAAUGGCUUUUUGCUAUUGGAUCUCAUUGUGUAGCUAAUCAUAUAGAUCAUAGAUAUGGCAAUGCUUACGUCCAAUUUUCAUCAAGAUUAGCUAUUUAUAACAAUGCAUUAGUAAUCUGGCAACAAUAUAUAGAUGAUAUCGAGUUAAAUUGUUAUUUGGAUAUGGGAGAUAUACAUAUGGAAAUUGGUCGAUGUUAUACACAUUUUUUGUUUCGAGAUUAUAAGAAAGCUGAAAUUCACUUUAAUUUAGCUUUAGAAAAUUAUGAACUAGCACAAAAAAGUGUAUUUAUUGGCAAUAACGAAAAAACAGAUGUCUAUGAGAAUGUUAUUGAUAUUUAUCAGAUAAAGACUGAUCAUGGAGACAAAAGUAGCAAGACUCUUGAAAUGGCUAUAAAAAAUAGACAAAGUUAUGUUGAACAUUUAUUAAAAUCCCGUGAUUCAAACGAUAUUACGCUUGUCGAACCUUUUGAAAGACUGGCAGAGUUAUAUAAAUCCGUCAAAAAAUAUGAUGAAGCACUAAUAAAUUAUGAAAAAGCGUUGGAAAUCUCCAAAACUCAAGCAUCACUUGAUUAUAACGGUAUUCUACGUCAAGCUAAAGAGAUCGUUGAUAUUUAUACAAAAUACAAAAAUGAUCCUUAUUCAGCAAUGAAAUAUGAAGAUAUUAUUCGCGAUAUGGAAUCUAAAGAAGAAGUGAAAUUCGGACGGUUUAUGACAGCAUUAGACCUACACAAGCAAAGAGCUGUAGAUUAA